UAAUGUAAACACAAAAUUCAUUUGAUAUUGCCCCUGCAGAAACAAUGCUGUUAAAAGACUCUUAAUAAAAGAAAUAGGUUCGUUUCAGAUAAGCUUUGGUUGCUGGUUUGAUUCUGGCUGCUGUUUUAAGUCUUACAAUAGUCUUCACACCUAAAGGUGAGAGUGUUCCAACUUACACAUUAAACUAAAGAAGUUAAUAUUAUUCUUAAGAUUAAUUAUGUGUAUAUUAAGUUUCAACAGGCUCAACUAAUUGUACUCUAAUUGCUGCAAAUACAUCUACUGUAACUGUGGAUUCUAAUCAAUAAAAUACCACUCAUUUAAUAAUUUUAGAUGGAUUAUAGGUUACUUAAAAUACAACCUAUUCCAAUGGAACAACUGCUUAUGAUAAUUUAUUCGAUGCCAAUUUGAACAUUUCUUAAGAAUUAUCCAAAAACUUACGUUUACUUCAAGUUUCAGCUGAUGGAUGUUAUGGUCCCUGUUAUGACGAAAUUCCUAUCGUCACAUUUACAACUGAUAAUUAAAAUGGUUAAGUUAUUGAAAUUGGUGUACCAUCAUCAUUAAAUGGUUUAAUGUUAUAAACAUUGAUCGCAACAAUAUAACAUUUAGGGCCUAAUGUGUAAGAAACCCAAAUUGAUUAGGACUAAAUAAUUAAUCCAUAUAUAAUUGGAAAAUAUUAGUUUAUUUCAAAAAGAAAUACAGAAACAAGCUGGUUUGGAAAUACUAAGGUUACUAAAUAAGUAACUCAGGAUGACUGUUUGAAUGAAAACUUUUUAAUUGGAGAUCAAUUUUCUUAAAACUAAACAACAUUAUUAAGUAGAUAAAACUAAAUUAUUUCAUCUAAAAUUUCGGUAAACAUUGUUAUGGAUCAUUCUGUUCAACCUUAAGGCGCUGAUGUUGAAUAUUCUUAUAAAACUAUUGUUUCAGAUGACUCAAAUUUGAUAUUAGGUAACUCAAAUAUCGAUGUCAAAUAUACAUAGCUUCUUUCAGAUAUUAAAUCAAAACAAAACAUUCAAACUUAUUCUUUGGCAACAAUUUAAGAUAGACUUAUUAAAAAUAGAUAGAAUAAAUCAUUAAAUAUGUAUGAAAUGAAGUAAAAGGCAGAAUAGCACAGAUUACUUAUCGAAGAAACAAUUUCAAAUAGUUCUGUACAUUGUCCUUCAAAUGGUUUAAUUGAUUUCUAAAAAACUGUUCUUACUUUCACUGUUAAAGGAACUAAAUUAUAAUUAGAUUUAGCACUUAAAGGAACAGCAGGAAACGGAAUUGCAGAUUUAAAUAUUAAGUUCUGUGUAGCUAUGGAAGGAAUGUGUUUGUUUGAGAUUAUCAAUUCAAAUCUAAAUUAUACAGGAUAACCUUUUAGAGAUAUCGAACUUAAUGGUAUGUAAAAUAUUUCAUUGUUCUAAACUGACCUAGUUGUUUAAGGAUUUACAGUUGGUGUUGGAGCUGAUUUUAGUUAUGGAUUUAUCGUUUAAUAAAAUGUCUAAUAAAAUGCCACUAUCUUUUCAGUUUAAGAUAUCUUCCUUGUUCCAGUCUUAUUGACAGUAUAUGGAGAAUCUUCAAUCCCAGAUUUAGUCGCUGUUAGAACAGCUGUUGUUGCUGACAUAUUCACAGGAAAUGUAACAAGUAAUGUUGCUUUUGGAUAUGACUAAAAGAUCUAAUCAAUUAAUUCUAAUUAAUAUACUUUGAACUUAAACUUAGAUAUGGAAGAAUUUAGAGCUAUUGUUAUUGCUUAAUAUCAACAUAGUGAAUUAUCAACAAAAGAAAAAUGCAAAAGACAUUUGGGAUUCUUUAAGGUUUGUUAUCCAAUUCCUGUUGCAGGAUUGUUAGGAGAUUGGUAAAACCUCUAUUACAAUAAUUGGGGAUUUCCAGUUUUGGUUUAGAACUAUACAUUAUAUGGUGUCUAAUCAGAUUGUUUCAUGAAAAAUGAAUGAG